ACUACACGGAGUUUUCAAUUGAUUGUCACAGGUGUACAGCUUAUGUUAAACUGACGCGACAUGAAGUGGUUGGCUGCUCUUGCAUUGUUCAGAACAGUCCUGUGUGCACCAUACAUGUAUGGCCAUACUGCUGAAGAAAAUAUGCGUAUUCACGACAGAAACCUCUUUGAAGGAGACAUACGUCUCACAAUGGAGCAGUUUUACAAUAUCGAACACGGACUGGAUGUCGACAGCUCCCGAAAACGAGGCUCAAUAGCACGGGACUCUCUGUGGCCGAAUGGAGUGGUACCUUAUGAAAUCCACUCAAGUCUACGUGGUAAUUCUGACGCUGAGAGAGCCAUUAAACAAGGAAUCGAAGAGUGGACUUCGAAAACUUGUCUCCGAAUUAGGAAAAGAAAUGGUGAAAGCGAUUACAUCGUUUUUGGAUAUUGGGACGGAUGCUGGUCAUACAUUGGUCGAAUAAGAGGUCCCCAACGGAUCUCUCUUGGUAAUGGCUGCUGGCGGAAAGGAACUGUAGCUCACGAAAUUGCCCAUGCCUUGGGUUUCUAUCAUGAGCAAUCAAGGCCUGACAGAGACGACUAUGUUGUGAUUAAAUGGGAAAACAUCAGAGCAGGUGUAGAGAGUAAUUUUCAAAAAUAUACCCGUUCCCAGAUUGAUUCUCUUGGCACUCCAUACGAUUAUGACAGCGUGAUGCAUUAUGGCGAAAAGGCAUUCAGCAAAAACAACCGGCCAACAAUAGUGGUUAAGCAACAGGGAAAAAAGAUUGGUCAACGAAGUGGUUUGAGCUCCAUUGACGCAGAACAAGCACGGCUUCUUUAUCAAUGUAGCCCAGUAAAAGAAACCACAACUUUGCCGCCGACAACAACUCGACCACCAAAAACUACCAAAGCACCAACAGUCGUUUGUAGAGACAGCUACCCAGAGCGACUUUGUAACUUUAUAAAAACUUGGUUUACUUGCAAUAUCAAUGCGGCUUACACAAGUUGCAAGAAGACCUGCCAGCAAUGCUAGAGGCUGGGAGACCCUAGUGCAUCGCCCUUUCAGAAAUUAGCCCAACAGAAGAAAAGAUUAUCUCCUUUUCUCGUAUUUUUUUUCACUCCUUUUGAGGAAUUCUCACAAGAUGGUUUUUAGGAAGAAGAUUAGUUGAUAUUGUACACACAAGAAGGUCAAAAGCGAAUUUUCCUUAAGCAUUUUUUGUUCAUAAUUGUAGCUUUUUUAAAAAAUGUUGAUGUAAAAUGUUUCGUUACUGAUUAACUCAAUAAAGUAAUGGCUUAUCGGAA